UAUUUUCUUUUAUAGAGAAAUUCUAAAAUAUGAAAAAUAAAAAAUUUAGGACUUUAUUGAAAACUAAUUGGACUUUAUGAGUAGAUCUAUUACAAUGAGACUAUUAUUAACGUUUCAAAAUUUUCACGAUGAACAUAUAUAUUCAAAAUUACUCUCGAGCAUGUUGUCGUUGGUUUCCUCGAUGUAUUCUCACUAUACAAUGUUGGUUAUAAAUACGGUUUGAACUACUAGUUGUCGCCUUGAGUAUUGGCUGCUUUGAUACAUCUUUUUCUUUGUUGACAUUAUAUUUUCCGACCCGACUCUUUAAUUUUGCCGAUUAUAAAUCUGUAUUAAAAAACGUACUGAGGAAAUUGAAAACACAAUAAUUUUUUUUUUUUGGACAAUAAUAUCUAUUUGUGAAAUAUGAAUAUUUCACUUUGGUAGAGAUUUGUAACUUAUAAUAUAUUAAUAUUUACUAGUUGAGAUAUAAUCCUAAUAUUUAUGAUAGUAAAUAAUUUUAUUAAGUAUAUUAUAAUUAAUUUAUCAAAGGAAUAAAUAAUUGUUUUUCUUUGUUUUAAAAAACUAUUUUAUUUAUUCGCUACCCAAUUUUCAUGCGCUCUAUCUUUUGUGCUUGCGAUUCAGAGAACCGCGGUAGCGCAGAAGUGGUGAAGCUGAAGUAGUUUCAAUCCAGAUAUUGCUGUUGUUGAUAAAGAUGGUCUUCCUGUGUUGGUCUCGUCCAUCUCCUCAGGAGCAGAAGACGUGCAUUGACAGGUCUGGUUCCUUCAACUAUAGCAGCAAGUUUAGAGGAGCUACUGCUAAUCCCAGCUCUUGCCUGCAAGAAGAUAAGGGGCUCUCACAAGAAGGUUUUCUUCUCAACCAUGCUCGUAUUUUGGUGGGUUCUGGUGUUGAAACUUAUGAAAAGGGGAAGAAAGCUCUUCAGAACUGGAGGCAUUUUGGGUUGAAUUGGGCAUUUGUUGAUUCCUCAACGCCAGUUCAUCCGGGAGUGAAGUUUUGUGUCUGUGCCAAGGAGUUCCUCCCAUGGGUGGUGAUGCCUCUUCAAAUUGUAUAUGUAAAUGAGAACAGGGGUACCAAUAUGGCUAGGACAUGUUUCAGUUUUGGCAGUGGUACCCUUCAAGGCCAUCUUCUGGCGGGCGAAGAACGGUUUUCGAUCGAGAUGGACUCGAACAGCCAGGUGUGGUAUGAAAUUCUUUCCUUCUCAAAGCCUGCCCACAUAUUAUCAUUCCUUAGUUAUCCUUAUGUAAUUCUUCGGCAAAAGUAUUUUGCUUAUCAAUCUACAAAUGCAGUUAAGAAAUAUUUGACUGCCAAGCAUUCCUAACUCCUGGUGUGCUUGUGUGUAUGUUCUUUAGUCAUCCUUGUGUGUAUGCAGUUAAGAAUGCUUCUUCCUGCUGUUCAAUCCUCCUAUAGUGUAGCAUUCAGUCCUUAGAUCAUAGUCUUUCUGUUAAGAAAAAUGGCAUCAUCAGGACAUUGGAAUAGCUCAACUAUACAAAUGAACUCUGUCAUGAUCAUUGAUGUUUCAUAAAUUUGAGAACAUCUUUUCACUGGCUACUUCUAACCAGUUGCCAACUU